UCUUCUUUCUUCCAUCACUGAAAACCAAACACAGAGAAAAAAAAAAGAGAUUUUAAAAUUAAAAGAAAAAAGAAAAAAGAAGUAUGUCCCUUUUCAAUCCCCAUCUCAUCCUCCACCUACUUCUCUUGACAGUGGUCACCGGAGAAAUUCUGCGACCAAGAUUCUACAGCGAAACAUGCCCUGAAGCUGAAUCCAUAGUAAGAAGAGAAAUGAAGAAAGCCAUGUUUAAGGAAGCAAGAAGCGUCGCUUCCGUUAUGCGUCUCCAGUUUCACGACUGUUUCGUCAAUGGAUGUGACGCGUCUGUGUUGCUUGACGACACACCGAACAUGCUUGGUGAAAAACUAUCACUUUCCAACAUCAAUUCACUUAGAUCAUUCGAAGUUGUUGACUACAUUAAAGAAGCUCUAGAGAAAGCUUGUCCAGCUACUGUUUCUUGUGCUGACAUCGUUAUCAUGGCUUCUCGUGACGCCGUUGCUCUUACAGGAGGACCGGACUGGGAAGUGAAGCUAGGGAGGAAAGACAGUUUAACAGCGAGUCAAAAAGAUUCAGACGAUAUAAUGCCGAGUCCACGAGCAAACGCAACGUUCUUGAUUGAUCUCUUCAAAAGAUUUGAUCUUUCUGUCAGAGACAUGGUGGCUUUAUCUGGGUCACACUCGAUUGGUCAAGGUCGGUGUUUUUCUAUCAUGUUUAGGCUUUACAACCAAUCCGGUUCUGGUAAACCGGAUCCAGUUAUCGAACCGGUUUACAAGAAGAAGCUUAACAAGCUUUGUCCUUUGGGUGGAGACGAGAACGUGACCGGAGAUCUAGACGCAACACCAUAUGUUUUUGAUAAUCAGUACUUCAAAGACUUGGUCUCAGGGAGAGGGUUUCUUAACUCUGACCAGACUCUUUACACGAGUAGAGAGACGAGGGAGUAUGUGAAAAGGUUUAGUGAGGAUCAAGGUGAGUUCUUCAGGGCUUUUGCAGAAGGGAUGGUGAAGCUGGGUGAUUUGCAAUCCGGGAGACCUGGUGAGGUUAGGUCUAACUGUAGGGUUGUUAAUAGAAGGCAUAAUGAUGUAUUGCCUGUCUCUUGAAAUUAGUAGAGAGACAGAAAGAGAGAUGUUAUUACUUUCUAAAGAUGCAAGACUUUUAAAUACUUACAUGCCAUGAUUCUUUGAUCCUCCAAAGUGCUCACUGUUUAAGCUGCAGUUGCAACUUUAGAUCAAUAAAAGUGAAGAUGAAAUAAGAGACUGUAUUAGAGAUUAUGC